GGUUGCAUGUGUGCCGUCUUUCACUUGUUUCAUUUCCAUCCAUUUCAUCCCUUCCCUACCACCGCCGCCGUACAUCACCAACAAAAGUCAUCACCACAGGAUCUUCCCCUUCCCCAAGCACCUAGGAAUAGCUUGGAAGAAUCACACCAUCUUUCUACUACACAACCUCCUUCACAUCUCAUCGAACAACAACACUUCAAAAUUCCAAAGAAGAUACAAGUAAUGAAAACAAGUAGUGAAGUUGACAUGUGUUGUUCAUCAGUGGAAUCUCCGGGGACAUCAGCAAAGACACCAACAUUAGUAGCAAGGUUGAUGGGUCUUGAUCUUCUACCUCCACCUUCUUCAAACUUGUCAUCACCCUCUUGUUCAUCUUCAUCAUGCAUUUCCACACCAAAUCUGCACCUCUUAUCCAAACACAGGAACAGCACUGAUUGUGUUAUUGUUGAUCACUCCUCACCAAGAACAAGAUCAGAUCUUGACUACUAUCACCACAGGCUCUCCCUCCAAAUCAACACCAACACCAACAAGGACGAGGAUUUGGAGAUGAUGCGCUUCUCAUCAGCAUCAUCAUCAUUACUCUCAAAAAGGAACAACCACUUUGAUGACAACCAUAAUAAUAGUGUCUCUAAUGGCAGAACAAGUUCUUCUUCUUCAUCAUCAUCACCAAGCCAUUUGGCAAGGCAAAUUGUGAAGCAAGUUAAGAAGAAUGUGAUGAUGAACAGUGGUAGAAAAGUUGGACAAGACAUCACCAACACAAUCAAACAAAGAGAACAACAACCUGUUACCCAAAUCAAACUUAAAAAGAAACUUUCUUCCAAGCCAUCAUCACCAUCACUUGAUAAUCAUCAUGAUUCAAACUCAUUAUCUUUUUCUCCAAGGUUAAGGUUCAUAGAAACCAAAAACAACAGCCAUAAGCCACCAGCUGCUCCACCAUCACCACCACCACCACCACCACCUCCACAACAAGUGGAAGAGCUUCCAAGAGUUUUGAUAAGGCCAAAGGAAGAAGGGUCGUUGCAGCAGAAUCAGAAAUCAUCAUCAUCGUCAGUGGCAAAAUGUAAUAAGAAGGUGAACAAUGAAAAGUUCAGCUCAGCAUCAAGGCUCAAAAAGCAAGAGGAGCCAUUCAUAGUUCGACCAACUUCACCACCAACAACUAGAACCGGUGACAUCAUCAUCAAGAAUGCCACAAAAACCCAUCAUAAGAAGACUCAUCCAUUGUCCAACAAUCUUCUCAAUAACAUCAACACUGUCGUCCCCAACCUUUUCCCUAUCAAGACUGAAGCUUCUCCUCCACCAACCAAAAUUAAUCACAAUAAGAAGCAGUCAGAGGUAUGUGACAAAAGUAGCCCCCAACAGUUAUCUAGUUCUUGGAGCCAUCAUCACAGUCACAGGUACAAACAAGAAGGGAUAAUAAGCACACUCGCCACCCGAGAUUUCAGCACAAACGACAUCGUUCAAGCCAAAAGCACUAACCAGAAUAAUGCAUAUUCAUCAUCAUCCACCACCGGAGAAGAACUUGCAGCAGCAGCAGCUGAAUCUGAACAUCACGGACCAGAAUUUCAGUAUAUCACAGGAAUCCUAAGCCGUACUUUCAACAAGGAAGAACAACAUGCCACAACAACAGGUCAACGCUUCUUUCAUGACCUCGAAGAACACCCAAUUUUGAAUUCCCAUGUUUCCACUCCCGAAAACGUUAAAGAUUGCAUCUUUUCGAUGAAACAAAAACUGGGUCUGCGCUGGAAUCGGAGGUUGAUGUUUGACUUGGUGGAUGAGGUGUUAAUGGAGGUUCUUAGGCCUAUAAAAAGCGAAGAAAAGAGUAGGCUUUGGUUUUUGCAUGGGCGUUGUUGUUAUUACCAAGGGAAGGUUGAAGGAUUAAUGGAGAGAGUGUGGAAGAGGAUAGGGAAGUUCCCAUGCAAGAGGUGUGAGUUUUUGGAGGACAUUGAUUGGUUGAUAGAAUCAGAGGACAUGGAGAAGGUGAAGGUGGAUGUUGAAGAAGGUUUGGAGGAAGAAGGAGAAAGGUUGGUGGCAGAGAUUGAAGGGAACAUAUGGAACACAUUAGUGCAUGAAUCCCUUAUGGUUAUGAUCACUGCCUGCUAUUAGGAUGCUAUUUACAUUUUACAAUUGUAAUGUAAAAAUGCCAAAAAACAAAUAAAAUAUU